AUGUCGCAACCAAACCAAUUUGCUCCUCCCCCAAUGUCGGCCCCGGCACAUGUGACAACAUUCCAACAGUCUCAACAACAACACCCCGGUUACGCACCCCCAAACUUCAGCUAUCCGCCACCGCCAAAACAAGGAACUCCUUCAAAUGGAGGAUAUCCACUCCCGCCAUCUUCUAUUAGUCCACCUAGCACAAGUCCGCCACUGGUCCAAACGGGAAUUUCGCAAACAUAUCCUCCCCCUCCCUCAGGUACCCCACCCGCAUUCAGCCCACCACAUAGUGACUUCCCUAAUCAAAAUGGGUUGGGCCGACUUUCGAUAUCAUCUCAAUCCCACCCAAGGGGGAUGACGGAAAAGGUCCCGGGAGGCGCACCUCCGCCUGGGGAGUUCAUGGGAGCUAAAGCAACCUACGAGGACGACGUUGGAACCUUCAACGGAGGCAGUUACAGAAUCAGCCACCGGGAUUCCAACUCUCUUUUGACAUUACAGCUCGCCAUGGGUUGUCCUCUUACUGCAAGACCAGGUGUGAUGAUUGCCAUGUCCACUACCAUGACACUGAGGGGAUCUAUCUCAAUUGGGUGGAAAAAGCUAAUUGCAGGUGGUGAGAUGUCCAUGUCGAAGUACACUGGACCGGGCGAGCUUCUCCUUGCUCCCUCUGUACUUGGUGACCUCAUUGUCCUUCGGUUGGACGGCACGACAAAGUGGAAGAUUGGUAGAGAUGCUUUUGUCGCUUGUACCAGUGGUGUUGAUCAUGAGUAUAAAGCCCAAAGUCUCUCAAAGGCUAUCUUCUCCGGUGAAGGGCUUUUCAUCUACAAGAUUGAGGGAACCGGUCUUCUUUGGCUGCAGAGUUUCGGGGCCAUCAUCAAAAAGGAUCUUGUGGAAGGAGAGAAAUACUACAUCGACAAUGGUCACCUUGUUGCAUGGAACUGUAAUUAUAAGAUCGAGCGUGUCGCUUCUGGUGGUAUCAUCUCCGGUUAUGGUUCUGGUGAGGGUCUUGCCUGCAAGUUUGAAGGACCUGGAACUGUUUAUCUCCAAACAAGAAACUUGAACGCCUUUGCUACCCAGAUGAAGAUCAGUACCGCCAGUGGCUGA